AUGUCCUCGACAAAGAUCGAGGAGCUAGAAGAAGUGCUGAGAAUUAUUCAAGAAUCAGAAAAAGAAACGGCCUUGGAGUUGGAAGAAAAACUGCGCUCUUUGGAAGAACGACAGUCUGAGGCAAUCGUGAAGUUCUACGAAGACCUUCAGCGAUUAGAAAAUGAAGAGAUAGCGUCGAAGACGGCGAUUGAGAAGAUAAGACGCGAAUUUGCUUCGCGCUUCGACCUGCUUUUGGUUGAGAAGGGGAGCGAUCAAGGGGCGGAGAUCAAGGAGAUAGCUACGGAACUACCGCCAGGGAAGAUUAGUGCGAUACCAGUCAGAAAAUGGGAUGGAGAGGAGAAAAUAGUUUUCCUUCAUAUUGGAAAGGCGGGAGGCACUUCUUUCGAUGGAAUGAUGGGCAAAGCACUCAAAGGCCGAAGCAAAUACGUUGGAGGAUUGCACUUUGACUGGACCUAUGUCGAGGAACGAUACCCUUCCGGAGAAGUGGUAACAAUGCUCCGAGAGCCGGUUUCUAGAGCAAUCUCGCACUUUCACUUCAUGAAAAAACUCAGUUGGACGAAAGGAAUGGCUAUUAGACAACAAUCCAUCGACCAGUUCUUAGAUGAUCCAGUUUCAAUGAUGCACAAUCGCGGAUGCUGGCAGGAUGGACAAGCUGCCGUCUCGUGGUUUACAGGCACUCACGUGGGAAACUGGGUGAAAAAGGGAAGAUCGGCUGAAACUAACGGAGAGAUUCUCGAGCGAAAAGCGUUCAACUAUCAACAGGAACUGCUCGAAACUGCUGAUAAAAUCGACGGAAUGUUUUGGUUCGGGAUUCUCGAGGACCUUGAUCGCUCUUUGGAACUGCUCGCUUUUCAACUAAAACUGCCCUUCGGAUCGCUAAGCCUGCCAAAGUCAAACUCAAACAAAGCGCCAGCUGCCAAACCUUCCGAAGAAUCGAUGGAGAAGCUGCAAUCUCUGAUGCCACAAGAUCUGUGGGUUUACAAAUACGCCAAACGCGUCUUUCAAGCGCGCUGGGAAUACUACAAAACCGGCUCUUUCAAGCCACCAAACAGACCUCCCUUCCCAAAAGUCAACUGCCUAUCAACUCGAUUCAUUUUGAAGUGCACAGGAGGACCUUAUCAAGGCCCAAGACAAUCUUGGACCCAGUAA